AUGGACUUAGUGACCGUCAAGCUAAUCCUGGUGCUCUCCAAGCGAUGGAACGUUCCCGCACGUCAUGGGGAUAUUCCGAACGCCUACGUUAAGGCAGAAAAGGAGGAGCAUCUGGAUAUCUUCAUGAAGGUUCCAAAAGGCAUGCAAAUCAUUAAGGAGGAACUUCAAGGUUUCGGUAUGGAAUCUCCUGGUGAGGUCGCGCUGCUGUUGAAGAAAUCGUUGUACCGACUAAAGCAAGCGGGACGACUCUGGAGCAAACUCUUACACUCCAAGCUGACCGAGAAUGGCUACAAGCAGUGCACGACGGACAUAUGUCUAUACUACAAGCACCAAGGUCAAGAAUGGACCAUCGUCGGAGUAUACGUGGACGAUCUUCUGGUCACGGGAACCAAGCAGUGCGCGGUUGAUGAGUUCUUUGCGGGCAUGGAGACACUAUCGAUCAAGGAUCUCGGCGUCGUUCAAAAGUUUCUGGGACUCAGGAUCUCUUUGGAUGACACUCAAGGAUACAUUCUGGACCAAGAGGUCAUGAUCGACGUGUUGCUCAGGGAUUUCAAGUUGGAGUCAGCGAACGGUGUGCGAACGCCAAUCCGAGAUGAAUGCAAUGAUGAUAACAAGGAUGAUGUGGACUGUCUACCCGCGAGAGGUGCAAGCAGUGAGCCAAGUUUGAGUGCCUUUCGAUCCUUGGUCGGGAGUCUGCUAUGGAUCGCAAGAUGCACGCGGCCCGACAUAUGUUUUGCAGUGCAUAAGGCAACUCGUCAAACACACAAGCCAACCACCAAGGACUGGAAGAUUGCGAAACGCAUUGCAAGAUACUUGAAGGCGACAAAGAACUUGAGGUUGCACCUGAACGGCAACGGACCGACUCAACAAAAUGUCAAGAUUGAGUGCUGGAGCGAUGCAGACUUCGCCGCGGACAAGGCGGACCGACGCGAACUGCUGGGUGUGAGGGAACUACUGCUGGAGCUAAAGCUGCAGGUAUGCAUGCCGAUGCCUAUGUGGAUGGAUAAUCAAGCGGCGAUCAAGCAACUUGAGGCAGAGAAGAGCACAACGAGCGCGAAGCACGUGGACAUCAGGUUUAAAUUCAUCUGCCACUACGCGCGUGAAGGAAUUGUGGUGCCCAAGUACGUCAAGACUGAGAGCAUGAUGGCGGACGUUCUGACGAAGUCCUUGCCAGCGCCGAGAAUGGAGGAGCUACGCAAGAUGUUCAACUUGAGGACGAUUCAGGCUGAAGUCGAGGAGGAGUGUUAG